UAUCUAUGGCGCAUUGGAAGUGAUAACCCGUCUAGACCCUUCACAGGGUGCUUUUUUUUUCAUCGUCUUUUUAUUUUCUAGACCUUGUUAGGACAACAACAGCAGCAGCAUCAUUGGGCAGAAGUCACCGAGGUUGGAGGGGGUAGAGGGGAAGUAUCAAUAUUUGCCAUAAAUCUGUUCUUAUAUACAGCGGUAGAGGUAUGUCAUUCUAUCUAUGCACAUUUUUUUUCUCUCAUAGAGUACCAUUUUUAUAGAAUUUAAACUUUGAUGAUAUGUUAAGAAUCAGGAAGUUCCUUCAACAACGAUAUUUUAAUCACAGGAGAGAUAAUCCGAUAAAUCUAGAGACAGGAUUAUAUAAAGAUUAUAUUUUCAAAAUCUGCGCAACCCGCGACCGAAUUCAGAAAUGGUCCUCGGUCGAUUUCGACGGCCAAACAAAGACAUUUUGAGAAUCAUCAAUGACACCCUGGAGCCCUGGCAUCAAUGGCUUUCCAUGAACUUGUCUUGUUACCGCUAACUAAAUUUGAGGAUACACUUCUAUAUGGGGCUAAGAGAAGCACUCUAUAUAACUUAAUAUAACAUACACUAUAAAUACAGUUGAAAGUGACGUAACACUUACAUUUUCUUAAGACAGAACAUAAAGCGUUGCAUACAUUCUUUUUGUGGCACAGAGUGCCUACGAUGGCUUUAAAGCAUAACGUUUAUGCUUUUUAAAAAGUUUGGUGGAAAAGGAGGGGGGGGCGGAAAAGAAGCUGGGUGGUGGUGGUGAUGUGGUAGUGGCGUAGGAAGCCUAUGUGUCGCUCGAGACGAGCACAAGAUUUUUUUCCCGCUCAUUUCUACCAAGAAAAAAUAAUAUGCAGUUGGACAAAAUGCCGCCUCUUGAUUAUAAAGUAAAAAAAAAGGCAGACCUGGGCGAACCGCCCUUUACGCACCCCCUUUGCGACGCAAGUGGGAGGUGGAGGGGGGAAAGGGGGAGAUAAACUGUCUUUUAUAUUUUGUUCUUUUUAAAUUGUGUAUAUUAUUAUGUUUUAAUUUGAAAAAUAACAUGUUUUAAGGGGAAGUUGUUGUUACUUUGUUAAACUUGAACCCAAACGACGUGUACACGUCAACACACAUUUGAACACUACGAACUGUUGACAGCUCGCACAGCCUCGCUGAUCUGCGGCUCUGAAGAAGGCUGUUUUAGAAGACGUUGAGCCGAACUGAUACAGCAUCAUGCCGGAUCCAUUCAUCGUCGUCCCCAUUCGUCACUUAGGUAAGUCGUGCGAGUCAGGACCAUUGGAUGCGGCAAGACACGUUUGUAUAGCGAUCUAACUGGUAACACCAUUCAGGAAUAGUGCAAAUGAAAAAUCCUUUUUUUUCUUAGCAUGUAUAAUUUACAAAGAAAUGGAUCCUUGCUCAAAAAUUGUGCCUGUGCCCCCCCCCCUCCCCCCCCCCUAAAAAACCAACAACAAAACAACAACAACUGCUCUAUCAGAAGUUCUUUUCAGACGUGUCAAAUGGUUGACGCAAAAUUUUAACGCGUGAACGGGGGAACAAAAAAUCGACCAAACUUCUGUUCGAUCAAAAUUCCGUCGAUCAAUUUUCCGUCUACGAAAUUUCUUUCAAACGAAUCUCCGGUAUACGAUGCACAAUGCAUUUCAGACAAUUAGCGUCAUUUCUCUUUAUUUCUAAUGGACCAUAAUUUUGAAGAUGUUAAAGGCAUUUACCUCCUCCAAGUUAAAGGGCACGUGAUUUACACGCUAUCAUGGAGCAGCUGCGUUUUGUUGUCAAAUAUUUAGAAAAAAAAGGAAACGAUUGGGUGGGGUGGGGUGGGGGGUGGGGGGGAAUGAAGUUAAAGAAAUGUGACGUCAAACAGUGCACAUUGUUUUUUUUAAAUUUCUUUUUGCACAAAUUUAAAAAAAAAUAUUUUCUUUUUUUUGGAACGAUCUAAUGGCCGUUCAAAAUGAUACGAUUCUUAAGCAAUGAUUUUGACACGUGGAGCCAUUAGGGAAAUAUUGGCGUUAGUUGUCACCAUGCCACCCCCGGUCUUGACAUUUGCUCUGCGUGCGCAUAGAUACAAUCUGUUUUAUAAAAAUUUCAUUAAAAAAUUGAAUUUGAAACACCAAAAAAAAAAAAAAAAAAAGAAUAAAUUAUACUCAUUUAAACAAGACCCACAACAGUUUAAAAAAAAUUUAAUAAAAAAAUUGAAUUGAAAAAACAAAAAAAAAAAAAAAAAAAGAAUAAAUUAUACUCAUUUAAACAAGACCCACAACAGUUUCUCUCAGGGAAUAGUUUUGUUUAUUUUUUAAAACAUGUGACAACAAUGGAAUGCUUGUGUUCAGGCUCUCUGUCUCUUUCUCUCUCCCUCUCUCUCCUCUCACCAGGGCACGGGUUCGCUAUCGGCGAAGCACUCACCUACAGGUUCGACACUGGAUACAUCGACGCGUGCAACACCAUCGGCAUCUCGUACAUCUUCCUCCAUGCCUUGCACCAAGGCUUUAUCCAGGUGGGUGGCCCGGGGUGGGGGUGUGGGGGUGGGGAGGGGUGGGGGGGGGGAGGGAAUCGAUUGAUUGGAGGCACCGUUCCGCUUCAAGAGUUAUGUUCUACUGCAAAAUAUCCGUAGUGGACAUUUUGAGAGGACGACUGUGGUAUCCAGGUGGGUGGCCCGGGGUGGGGGUGUGGGGGUGGGGAGGGGUGGGGGGGGGGAGGGAAUCUAUUGAUUGGAGGCACCGUUCCGCUUCAAGAGUUAUGUUCUACUGCAAAAUAUCCGUAGUGGACAUUUUGAGAGGACGACUGUGGUGAGUCGUGAAGAGCUCACAUGAAUAUGUGUAUCUCGGAGUAGCACUGUGAACAUGCACAUGGCACGGGAAGCUAUUUAUUGAGACAUUUUUUUGGACAUUUAGUUGGACAUUGAUUUGGAAAUUCAGUUAGACAUUUAGUAGGACAUUUAGUAGGAUAUUUAGUUGGAAAUUCAGUUAGACAUUUAGUAGGACAUUUAGUAUGACAUUUAGUAGGACAUUUAGUUGUAAAAUUCAGUUAGACAUUUAGUAGGACAUUUAGUAGGACAUUUAGUUGGAAAUUCAGUUAGAAAUUUAGUAGGACAUUUAGUAGGACAUUUAGUUGGAAAUUCAGUUAGACAUUUAGUAGGACAUUUAGUAGGACAUUUAGUUGGAAAUUCAGUUAGACAUUUAGUAGGACAUUUAGUAUGACAUUUAGUAGGACAUUUAGUAGGACAUUUAGUUGGAAAUUCAGUUAGAUAUUUAGUAGGACAUUUAGUAGGACAUUUAGUUGGAAAUUCAGUGAGACAUUUAGUAGGACAUUUAGUAGGACAUUUAGUUGGAAAUUCAGUUAGACAUUUAGUAGAACAUUUAGUAGGACAUUUAGUUGAAAAUUCAGUUAGACAUUUAGUAGGACAUAUAGUAGGACAUUUAGUUGGAAAUUCAGUUAGACAUUUAGUAGGACAUUUAGUAGGACAUUUAGUUGGACAUUUAUUUGGCUGGGGUUAUUGCCAUUUCCGCUAUUACCAACAUUUUGAUUAAAGUUAUAAAGAAGCCAUUCGCCAGCCUCGCUAGCUGCGACAGUGGAGAGAUAUCUCUUAAGUUGUAAAGCCGAUGCCCUAAGGGGGGACAACCCGGCAGAGCACAGUGAUGCGAAUCAGCCUACAGGUUAUUUGAUUCUAGCGUAGGCAUUUUUUUUUAAAAACUCAUCAGAGCCAUGGUGCCUCCUCAGCAUCCCGAUGUAAUUAGCACUGUGGACAUGCGCAUUUUAAACCACAGAAAUGGCUAAACGUAUCAUUUGAGACAGCUGCGUGUUGUGAAUCGGGUGGAUGAUGUUAAAAGUCAGCACGAUGGAUUAUUGUACAUUGUACAUUCUUUAAAAUAAGUUUCGUCUUUGAACUCCGCUGUGCAUAUUCUUAAAAUAUUAUUUCGAUUUAUUGUUAUUAAUUUAACUUUAAAAAAAAAGAAGUUAUUUUUCAGAAAGAAAUCUGUCCUGGUUAAACCUGAUUCAAAGUAGAAUUAUUAUUUUUUUUAAACCUAACAUCAUUUGAACCAUGCUUGACUUGAGACAUACUCUCGACCUAUAACAUGACUUGAGACAUACUCUCGACCUAUAACAUGACUUGAGAAAUACUCUCGACCUCUAACAUGACUUGAGACAUACUCUCGACCUAUAACAUGACUUGAGACAUACUCUCGACCUAUAACAUGACUUGAGACAUGCUCGUGACCUCUAACAUGACUUGAGACAUACUCUCGACCUCUAACAUGACUUGAGACAUGCUCUCGACCUCUAACUUGACUUGAGACAUACUCUCGACCUCUAACAUGACUUGAGAUAUACUCUCGACCUCUAACAUGACUUUUGUGGCUUUGUUUAUUCAGAUCACUGAUAAUAUUUUUUUUUAUUGUUGUUGUUGUUGUUGCUUGCAGCCCCACUUCAAGCGCGCCCUCAUUGGUGUGUUCGACACCCUGGUGUUUGAUGGCAUCGCCUCUGCUAUUGUACCGUCCUUUAUGACGUACCACGUGUGCAGGUCAGUAGAUUUGAAGUACGCUCAUUGAUGUCAUAAAACAAGUAGGGUAAAGUCAUGGGGCUCUCACCAAACAGCAAUUUUUUUGUUUGCAAUGUCGGCGCACAACGAGAGUUGGAUACAACGGAUAAGCUUCAAUGUCAACUAAGCAUUUGGGUUUAUUUCAGAUUUUAAAAAAUGUAGCGGAAGUCGAGAUAAUGGAAGAUUUUAAUCUAAUCUAAUCUAAAACAAUGCACUUGGCGUUCGAGGAAAAUAUCUUGGUCCAAGUGUAAAAAUAAAUAAAUUAAGCUUCACGAACACAAUAUUUCUUUGUUGCAAAUGUACAUAUAUAAAAAAAAAUCUGAGCCUGUCUGAUAAAAAAAAAAAGUUUGUAAAAUCUUUGAGUAAAGCGUUCAAAUAACAUCGAAUAUGGUCCAAAGAGCAGAAAAAACGCACACAUUGUGACACAACUUUUUGUAAGCUCAAAGAGAGAGAGAGAUUGAAUCACGCCACCGCCCCGCUCUUUGAUUUAUUCGUGUUAUGAAAAAAAUAAAAUAAACGUGAUUACAGUCAAUUAAAAAUGGUGUCCAUAGAACCCCAAGAGAGGGUGGAGUGAACGAUUUCACCAUCACAUACGACACGCAACGGCAGCCAGAUUUAACAAGGGAGAUGACGUGCACUUAGGAUGGAUACAUUUUUUUUUGGAAGAGUCCUGGAAGACUAAGAAGUCUUACUUACGGUGGCUGGCGUCAUUGGCGUAGAAUAAUAAUGCAAAGUUUCCCGGUGAAUCUGUUCGUUUGGGUGUCAAAUGAGCAUGUUGUCACGUAGGAAACUUCUCUUUAAAUAGUUCAUGAAAAUGUUUCAAGCUUAAAACUCUUACAAAUGUUCAAAAUGUAAAACACUAGAGCUAGUAGGGAAAAUCUGGCUGGGGCAUACUUGGAACACUAGAGCUGAUAGGGAAAAUCUGGCUGGGGGCAUAUUUGGAGCACUAGAGCUGGUAGGGAAAAUCUGGCUGGGGCAUACUUGGAACACUAGAACUGAUAGGGAAAAUCUGGCUGGGGGCAUUCUUGGAACACUAGAGCUGGUAGGGAAAAUCUGGCUGGGAGCAUAUUUGGAACACUAGAGCUGCUAGGGGAAAUCUGGCUGGGAGCAUAUUUUGAACACUAGAGCUGGUAGGGGAAAUCUGGCUGGGGGCAUAUUUGGAACACUAGAGCUGGUAGGGGAAAUCUGACUGGGAGCAUAUUUGGAACACUAGAGCUGAUAGGGAAAAUCUGACUGGGGCAUAUUUGGAGCACUAGAGCUGGUAGGGGAAAUCUGACUGGGAGCAUAUUUGGAACACUAGAGCUGAUAGGGAAAAUCUGACUGGGGCAUAUUUGGAACACUAGAGCUUGUAGGGGAAAUCUGGCUGGGAGCAUAUUUUGAACACUAGAGCUGGUAGGGGAAAUCUGACUGGGGGCAUAUUUGGAACACUAGAGCUGAUAGGGAAAAUCUGACUGGGGGCAUAUUUGGAACACUAGAGCUGCUAGGGGAAACCUGGCUGGGGGCAUAUUUGGAACACUAAAGCUGGUAGGGGAAAUCUGACUGGGGGCAUACUUGGAACACUGGAGCUGGUAGGGGAAACCUGGCUGAGGGCAUACUUGGAACACUGGAGCUGGUAGGGGAAACCUGGCUAAGGGCAUACUUGGAGCCAGCGCCUAAAAUAUAUCUAGAGACAAAUGGAAUAUUUGUGCCACCAAAUUUUGUGUUGGCCAGUGUAAUAAUUGCGUAAAAUUCGAAAGAGACAAAAUGUGUCUAAGUAAGUCGUGUGUUUUUUUUUAAAGUAACAGGUGUAUUGAUCUAAUUAAGAGGUUAUUUGUCUAAGUAUGAGGUCCGUUUGUCCUAGUAAGUGGUGUGUCAAAGAAACUGGGGGUUUUGUACUCAUGCUCAUUGAUUUUAUGUCUACCUGGAAAAAAAAUGACGUAAGAUUCCACGACUCAAAGUUAUAUAGUAAAGAACUAGCACCAAAAAUAUGUGUUUUCUUCUUUGCUACUCUCUGAUGACAUCAUUUUUUAAAAAUUCCACCGUGACACACAUUAUUACCUUUGGACCUUUUCUGCAUAUAUUUAUUACAUUCUAUGAUUUUAUGCGUAUCCUGUAAUGCUUUCUGCACCCCCCCCCCAACCGCUCAUGUUUACAGAAUCACUGCCAACGUCAUGAGCGACAUCCGGGGUAUUCCGCUUGUCGUCAGAAAGUGGGGGCCGACCUGCAUAGGCCUCGGGGUGCUCUUUCUCACAUACGCCUACAUCGAUGAGACGGUGGACAAGAUCAUGAAUGAGACCAUCCGGACCAGCUACUGAUGAACCACCAUACCCUACCAGUGGGCCAGUGCCAAAAACCUAACAAUAGAGAGGCGGAGCUGAAGCAGGACAACGCGCAUGAGAGCUGGGCGGUCCACAAGACAUAUCAACAUGAUAGCAUGAACGGGGAUCCCCCUAAGAAGACGUCCAAGGGAACACGGAUGCCGGAUUGGAAAGAAAAUUAUUAGACUCUCAGGGGAGACCACCGUGAAAUUAGGGUAGAUGAACUCCAGUGGGCCAUAUUGAUAAAAUAUUGAUUGGGAUUAAGAGAACAAUGGUUUCUAAUGAUCUGCAAGACGAUUAUCCCAUGGGGUUAUAAUUAAAAUCAUUUUAAAAUCUUAUUCACCAAAACUCUAAGAUUAUUCUGAGACUCCUAACAAGAUUAUGGUGAUGGUUUUAUUCGAGCCAAAUUUGAAUUGACGCUACAGAAUAAAAAUAAAACAUUUCUUUAAAAAAAAAAUAAUAAUUCAACCCGUUUUAUAUGUCAGCCUUGUGUUCCUGUUUUUUAAAGGUCUGUUAACAGUAAAUGCAAUUUCUUUAACAUAUAAGCUAAGCAGACUUACUGUUACUUAGUUGUCAAG